AUGUUGGAUAGAUUAAAUCGGAAACAAUCAAAAGAAAGAUUUGUUAACAAGAUUCCAAUUUCAACAACCAAAAUAGAUAAAAGUUUAGAGCAUACCCGCAGAGAUGAUGAAUCAAACAACGCUAAAAGAGGUGUUAAUCCCGAUGAAAGUUAUUCUUCCGAUACUUCAUUUACACCAACAGUAGUUUCUGGGACUGAAGAUGCAGCCCUUACCCGAACAUCAACCAAUCGUCAACGACAAGGUAAAUCAUCCUUCAAGAGCUUUUUCAGAACCAUGAGUUUAAAGGUCAAUUCAAAGACAAGAAAUAAGGACAGGAAAACUAAAGAAGAAUUAGCAGCAGAAAAAGCGCUUGCCGAACUUAGAAAUCUUCCUCGGAAUCCUCUUGAUCUUGAAUUGAAUGAACUUCAUGUUGCACUGAAUUUUAAUGAAGUGAGAAAAAUUAUUGACGAUAUAUUUAUUGAUGAAAACCAUGAUGCUGCUUCCAAGGCAAUUAGAAUUAGUACCCAAAACAAAAGUUUCAGUGCCAUGGAAAAACCUUAUAGUUUGACAAAGAUAAAGAGUUUACAAACUGAGGAUGACUAUAGUCUACCUAUAACCUCGUUUAUUAUAGAAACUUUAGAAGAAAAUUCAAUCCAUGCCGAUCUUUCACACAAUGAUAAUGCAAUUACCAGCACAGACAUUUUGAUUGAAGAAGAGGAAGAAAUGGAGCAAGAGGAGGAAGAAGAAAUGUUGAAUUAUGAUGACCUUGAUGUUAUUAGUGACAAGAUUGAUGAAGUUGGUGCUGAAUCUUCCAUAAGUACUAGCAAUGACAGGGGGAUUAUUGCAAAUGCCACUGCAAAUGGACCAAUCAUAGUCGGGGAUAGUACUGAAAGUGUUGAUACAAGUAACAUAGAAAAUAGAAAACUUGUUGUUGUCAACAGCACACCUGACGACCACGACUACUAUGCAACCAAUGACAUGAAUGACAACUUCAUUACCCCUAAUCCUUCUAAUGAAAGUGUUGAAACUCUUGCUGGUGUUUAUAAAGAUUUUGAGGUUACUAAUGCAACUGAGGCAAAUACUGAGGCAGGCAAAACUACUGAUAUCAAUGCCGAGACUUCAAAUGCUAUUGAUGCAGUAGCUGAUACUGAAAAUAAAGUAACCGCUGAGGAUGAUGCUACUGAUACGGUCAACACUGGUGAAAGUAUGACCGAUACAACAACAAGUACUACUGAUAAUAAGAAUGACAAAGAAGUUGACAAAGAAGUUGAAAAUGCCGUUGACUCAAAUGUGACUACCAAUGAUACCAUUCCUGAUAAAGCAGCAAAUAUAGAUAACGAAUCUUCUAGUGAUAACAGUAUUGAUGCUACUACAGCAAACACAACUAAUACUAAUAAUUUCAAUGAUGCUGAGGUAAACACAGAAGCCACUAACACUAUAGUUGACAAUGUCACCAAUGAUAAGUUUAACAGUGUUGACGUCAGUACAACUACCCCUACCGCUACGACUGUUUCUGGUAUUCCUACUGCGGAUGAAAUGACCAAUAAUGUGAACACCAAUCGAAUUUCUACUGCCACCGUCGAUAGUUUUACGGGAAAGACUGGUGAGAACUAUGAAUCCUUCAUUACUAAUGCUGGUAAAGAUUCGAACGACAAUAAUGCAGAUUUGAAAACACCCACGAACAAUUCUGCAACCACCACAACAAAUACACAGUCUGGUGUUUCAAAUAAAAAAUCCAAUUCCAAAACCGGAUCUUCAGAACAAAAUCCAUUUCAAAAAAAACUUAUGAAUUAUUUAAACAGUUUGAACUGA